AUGAAUGUACGGGAUACUAGUGGGACGACAGUGUUCAGCAAUCGGAUGGCACUGCAUCAACAGCAGCUUCCGCAUGCGGGAGAAACAAAACUAGUGCCAAGAAUAUCACCUCAUCAUAAUCCAUCGACCAUGGGUCAAAACGUUGGUGAAAACGGUGUCAAGCGUUCGAUGCCACCGGUCACGGACGCUGGACUGGUGGGCGGUGGCGUAGUGAUGCGUAAUCGGGUGAUCGAUCUGGAUAAGAAUCGCAUCAAGUGCAACCGGAACCGGAUCUGGUCACGGCCCUCAAGUUUCUUGAGUUUCUUCAAACAAUCGCUCAGUUCCACGAACGGGACGGCAGCAAGUUCGUCGAGUUAUAGUGAAAAUGGUCAUAAAAGCUCAAGGAGCAAUGUGUCCGCUGCGAACGAAGUUUCGCAUUCCUCAUCUACUAAUGUGACGUGUGGUGAUGGUGGUCAGUCGACGGUGGACAGUGUUGACACGAAACUAGCCGCGCCAUCUACCGUUGGAGGUGCGCAGCGACUCGAUCUGAACAUGAUCCGCAAGCUGGAGGAGGAGAUUUACAAGCGUGGCCGUGAGCAGCGGCCCGAUGCGGAAGCGAAAGAUUUUCACGAGUUUUAUUUCAACAGUCGCAGACAUUCUGGUGGCGAGCGUAAGACCUUUUCCAGCGACACGUCCGCCUUCAAUGGGGACAAUCAUCGGGCGGUUCUGCUGGUGGAUCCGAACGCACUCGAACCGAUCCUAUUGAAGCGCCCACUCAGCACGGACGAAGCGCGACUGAUGAGCGAUGAGGCAACGACCGAUCCGGCCAAAGGUCCCGCAGAUCAACCGGUGUUGUUGCAUCAUCAAGGAACAGGAGGAGGUAACAAAUCGAUCAUCAUUGUCGAUAACUCGGAAUACUAUCCGGUGCUGAUGCGGUACGACAUCAACGCGCACGAGAUCGACCGCCAGCAGCAACAGCAGCAGCAGUUUCGUCGCAAUAGGACAGAAAUGCUUAAAAUAGACACCACAACACCUCCUCCUGUGGCGCAGCGUAAGAGCUCAUCGGUCGCCAGUAGUGUUGCGCCAGCCAAGCGUCCGUCUAGGACGGACAGUGCAACGUCACCGACUACCACCACUGCCGGGGAUUUCCCGAUGAAAAGUGACGAAAAGUUGUCAUCGUUCGGUUCCUCCCUAUCGUCCUCUUUAAGUGGGGCGACGACAUCGUCGAGUGUGGAACCACUGGCACCACACGUCUUGAGGGAUUCUACCGAAUCGAACAGCUCCGUUCCAAAACAUCGUCCACCGCUAAUGACACCCUACGUCCCGGUAGCGGGCGGCAGUUCGGGUGGCAGCGGUGGUCGAGGCAAGAAACAGCUGCAACAACGAACGGCAAAUCUAUUCCAACGCUUUCUUCAGCAUCGCCGCAGUCUCAACCUUUCGGUGCGCCGCAAACGGUUCCGACCUACGCACGAAUGUGCUCAUUUCAAGAACACGGAAGUCCCACUUGGACGAGCUCACUGGGCGGAUGUCAUCCUCGCUAGUCCGGCGACUAGUAGCAAUGCUAGGUCCACCGGCAACAAGGUGAAAUUCGAGUAUCUCAAACGUAUGGCCCGGUACGAUUGUGAAGCUGGAAUGACAAAUGGUGGUUACGGGCGGCACGCUAACAUUCGGACAACCGGGUCUGUUGUGCGACGGCGAACCGCGAGUGAACCUGAUUUGGUUUCACGACAGAAUUGGAAAAGCGAUGGCUUUGUUCAGCAUCUGCAACAUCACCAUCGGACGCUGUACUGGAGCACCGGGGACCUGGGCAGUCUCGGGAGGAUGAUGGAGCAUGGGAAGAACUUUGAAAACAUUUUCGAUAGUACGAGCGACAACCUUUCCGCCCGACUGUCGGCUGCUGUGAUGUCCAGUUCAAGUUCCUCCUCGGUACCGCUAUCGGGAUCGGGUUCGCUUUCUUCCUCAACUACGGCUUCGUCGAUGGGUAGCACUUCUAGUCAGCGAAUGCUGCAACGUCGUCUAGCAAGUGCUCUAUUGAAGUCCACACAGCAGCAUCACUAUCAGUCGAAUAACAGCAAGCCACCAUUAUCGAGUUCUUCGAUUGGAAAUUCUGGUUCCUCAAAUUCAUCCUCAUCCCUCGGGGUUUCGUCCGGACCGUCCGGGAACGGUGGUAACUUCCUGCGCAAAAAAUCCUCCUCCUUCCGGGGCGUGCUCAGGCGCUCAAACACGCCGGACGUGGUGAAUACUUGGGUGUAUCGCAAAAGCUACGAUGGCUCUGGAAACGGUUUAGGAGAGCCCCCGUAUCACCGGGGGCACGGUAGUCCACACGCCUCGCCAUCGCGGUACUCCUACAACAACACUGCCAAAAGCCCACUGCAACAUUGGCGUACGUCUAGCGCCGGUGCGUCCGACUUCAAACGCAACUCACGUCUCCGCAGUUCCGCGAACGCAGCGGUGCCUGGUGUGACCGGACAACAUCAACAUCAUCAUCAUCACAACAUGGUCGAUCUGAAUGUGCCCCGUGGUCAUUCGCCACACUUCAGCCCAUCCCGACAGACGACACAAACUGGGGACACGCAAACGCUGCAUGUCUACCUACCGAACCAUGGCUUCCGGAUGAUACGCUUCGACGAGGCAUCGGAUGUGCGGCAGAUUAUCAACCUGAUCGUGGGAUGGAUGUCGCCCGGCCAGAAGCCAAAUCCGCAGAGCUAUGCGCUACGGUUGCGCCACAUGCUUACCAAAGAGGUCCUAUGGAUGCCGCCGGACACUUCGAUGACGCAGGUGAUGGCACACAUCUUCAAUCCAUCGUGCAGCAAUGCCGAUUGUCCCAACGUGGACAAAAGUACGAUCGCCAAGCGUAUGCAGCAGAAAACAAGUGGUGCGGUCGGGCAUGCGAAUAGCGUAUGGAAGGCGGAACUACGCGUCCGCUACAUACCGAAAAAUCUGAAGGAACUGUAUGAGCGUGACCGUACCACCUGUCACUUUUACUUCGAUCAGGUCAAGCAGGACUACAUCCAGUCAAACGUACCGAACAUUGAUCCAGAGAUUGCGGUCCAGCUGUGCUGUCUCGGCAUUCGGCACUACUACAAAGACACUAACCAUACCUCGAACGACCGGAAGCAGCAUCUCGACUACAUCGAGAAGGAGAUGGGCUUCGGCAACUUCAUACCGAAAUCUGUGAUAGAUACCAUUAAACAGAAGAAUCUGAAAAAGCAAAUCCAGGCUGGGUACAAGAAGGUGUACAGCUACAGCGAGAUGGAGUACAUGCUCAAGUUUUUCGAUCUCCUUCGCACACAGUACACCUUCGAUCAGGAACAGUUCAAUGUGCAGCUGAGCAGCAGCUGGAACAUUCGUGUCGAUCUCAUCAUCGGACCGCACGUCGGUAUUUCGUACUCGGUAAAUCCACAAGCGCCACCAACGAAGGUGACCGAUUUCGAGAGUAUCGAGCGAAUCACCACCAGCAUUCUGCCAACAUCACUCACCAAGAGCGAUCACCAGGGUGUCGCGGGUAGUGGCAGAGGUGCGAGGGGAAAGGACCAGCCAGAUCUGACGAGCUCAUGCGGAAGUAACUCAUCUACCGGCGAUGGUGACAAGAGCAAGAAAGAUGGCAAGAAAGGUUCGUCGUCAAGUUCUUCCGGCAGCAGUCAGUGUGCCUGUGGAGAGAUAAAGACACAGCUUCGAAUCCGUGUUAACGGCAACAGUGAGGAUCUAGCGAUCACGUGUGAUGGCAUCAAGACUUCCGAAAGUAUAGCCGAUCUAGUCGAUGGUUACUGUAGAUUAUUUAACAAUAACGAUAACAGUCUGUGGGAUCGUACCGUGGUACCAAAGGUAGGUGGGGCAGGUUCUGCCACACCGCCCACAAAUAACAGUGCGACUAAUUCGCUCGAAAAAAGUCAGCUCAAGAAAAGUCUCACCGAGUCACAGACAUCGUCCUGCGAUAGGCAUGGUUCACGAUCGUCCAGUGCGGAUCGUCUGAACGGUGGCAGCAGUGAGCAGUGCGACAUGAGUUCUUCAACUGCUGGACUGCAACAGCAGCUACCAAAACCAACCUUGAACGAGGAUUAUGCGGAGCUUGGUAUGUGUGAUGAGGAAGGUGACUAUUCUACACCGGCCGCUCGCGAUUAUGAGCUCGAUCGGACGCAGAUAACGUUGAACGAAAUCAUCGGUGUUGGUCAGUUUGGUGAUGUGCACAUUGGUACCUGCCGCUUGCCAAACAAAUCCACUCUAGUUAGCAAGUUGAAUCAAUCACUAACGUCCGAGUUCGACGAGUACUCCCAGAUGGUGAUGGACAAUGGAAAUGCGGAUGCGCAGAAGACUGGCAUUAUUCAGGUGGCGGUGAAGACAUGCAAACCGGACGCAGACACAACGACGUCCGAGAAAUUCCUGCAAGAAGCAUACAUUAUGAAGAAGUUCGAGCAUCCGCACAUCAUUAAACUCAUCGGCAUAUCCAGUGGUCCACCUAUUUGGAUCGUCAUGGAACUUGCCCGUCACGGAGAACUUCGAGCGUAUUUGAAGAAGAAUGGUCCCAAACUUAAGCUUGGUACACUCCUGCUCUACUCCUACCAACUAUCGACGGCACUCAGCUAUCUGGAAUCGAAGAAGUUCGUACACCGUGAUAUUGCCGCCCGUAACGUUCUGGUCAGCUCUCCAACUUGUAUUAAGCUUGCCGAUUUUGGACUUUCAAGAUGGGUUGAAGAUCAAUCGUACUACACCUCCACCAAAGGGAUGCUUCCGAUCAAGUGGAUGGCGCCGGAAUCGAUCAACUUCCGCCGUUUUACAACCGCUAGUGAUGUGUGGAUGUUUGGCGUCUGCACGUGGGAGAUACUCAUGCUUGGCAUCAAACCAUUCCAAGGUGUAAAGAAUUGUGAUGUUAUCGGCAAGUUGGAAAACGGUGAACGUCUUCCGCUGCCUCCGAACUGUCCACCGCGGCUGUACUCGCUGAUGUCACAGUGCUGGUCGCUGGAACCGCACAAGCGGCCCAACUUUAAAAAUGUCAAGGAAACGCUCUAUGAAAUUCUGAUGGAAGAACGACAUAGCGAUUGUGAAACGAUGCGCCGUGAGAAUCGGCGUGUGGCAGCGAUGUCUUGGGGUGCUGGAGAUGAUAUGGCACCACCCAAGCCUGCCCGAGGACCUACAAUGGGAGGCGACGGUCCCCUUGUGCCGGGCGCACCCCAAACCUACAUCGUUGCUCGCGAUCCGACCGUGCUGGCAGCGCUGAUGCGCGAAAACGAACAGCGGGGCAUCAACCCGUCGUCCUACACGACACCGGCCUCGCAGCAACAGCAGCACCAAACGCAACAACCGUACUACCCGCAGGGUAACUCUAUCGUGACGUAUCAGCAGUAUCACGCUCAGCAGCAACAGCAGCAAGCACUCGCCGCUGAAUACUACCAACAUCAACAUCAGCAGCAGCAACAUCAACAACAGCAACAACAACAGUAUGUUAUCCAGCAAUCUCAACCUCAGCAACAACAAGUUCCCGGCAACUAUAUAGCGUACAAUGCUGCUCCAGUUCAGACUAUCCCACCCAGUGGUGCACAGUAUCCACAGCCAGCGUUCGUAAAAUCUCCCCAACAAGAAGAUCAACCUGGUGGAGCAAAAUCACGCAGUCUGGAACGCAACGUUGGACAAAACAUUGUGUCAGCGUAUGCCGCACGCAUCAACUCGCUGGAACGAACGCGCCAGAUGAGUAUGGAGUACGGAAACUCUGUUAAAGCGAUGCGUUCGAACUCUCUCACCCGCCAGUACAGUGGCGGCAAUCAAUCGGAUCUCUAUCCAGCCGUUGGACACGGGGUACGCUCAUCCAGCUUGGAGCGGGGCGCUCAAAUGGUAAACAACUCGGGUGUUGGUAAUAAUGGUGGAGGCUUCAUGAACCGCAUGGGAAGUCUCGAGCGUAAUCAACAGUCAGCAUCCCAAUCGAUUUUCCUCAAUUCGAUGAAAGGUGGCAGUCUGGAGCGUAAUCAAUCCGCUGCCAUCGUUAACGAUAUGAUGAACAGCAAGAUCGCUUACAAAGGUGGUAGUCUGGAGCGCAAUCAGCACAUUCUAUUGACGCGUUCGGGUUCGGCAGUUGGAAGUCUGGAGCGUAAUAUGCCGUUCCAGAACUAUCGUAGCCCGGUAGCGGCUGCCCCGAAAGAGCAGGAACCGUUCCAGGAGGAGAUUUACGAUUUUGGUGGAGUGAAUGUAAAGUCUUGUGCUUCGAUCGCGCUGAAGAAGAGUGUUGAGAAGGGUAUGCUUCCACCGAGCUCGUUAGCUGUUUCACCUGGCAUACCGGCGAAUGCUGGUGCCAACUUUGCUCUACCACCACCGUACAGUUCGGCUAGCAAGCAGCAACAGGCAGCAGCCAAUCAGCAAUUGCAAGGUACACCGCAGCGUGCGAUCUGGGGUGGUUCCAAUACCGGAAGUGUUGGAAUGCAUCAGCAGAUGUACAUGCAACAGUCACAGGUUCAACCAGGAGGAGGAGGAGGUCCAGGAAUGGGCCCAAUCAUUGGAAUUGCUUCGUCCCAGCAGGUUCAGAUCCCAAUGAAGAUAUCCCAUAGCCAACCGGUUCAAGCGCAUCCAGUGCAACAGCAGCAACAGCAACAUCAACAUCAACAAAUGCUUGAUCAUAACCAGCAACAGCAACAACCAGCGCAGUUGCAGGAAACACAACAACAGCUCGAGGAGAAACUACGCAAACAGCAACAAGAGAGUGAAAUCGAUUCCAAAUGGUUACAGCAGGAGGAGAACAAUCUCAAGAAGCGGUUGAGUUUAAUUACUGCUAAUGCCGCUAGCAUGUCACUCGAUCAACAGACGGCGGCAGCAGGCCCGAUGAUGGAGGGUAGCACACCGCCCAUCAACGGUGGUGGUUCAUCGCUGUCCGGGAGCUACCAUUCACAGCAGAGUCCACACUUUUCGCCACAAAACACAAUGUCUGGGCCGCAAAGCUUGGGCGAUCACUAUCCUACCACACCGAACACGAGCGAUUCAAGACCUCACACACCAGGAUCUGGUGGCGGUGGCAGUGGCAGUGGUGGCAUGAUCAAAUCCAAAAGCUCAUCCAUGGAGCGCUGCACCACGCCACAGUCCAGCGAUGAGAAGUUUGCGGUGAAAAAGGUGGAACCAACCAAAACGAUGCCACUCGAUCGGACGAACGAUAUGGUGUACAACGCGACGACAAGUGUGGUGAAAUCCAUCAUGGCGCUCAGCCAGGGUGUGGACCGAGCACAAGCGGCAGAAUAUUUGAAUCUGGUGCGAAAUGUGGGCUUUGAAUUGCGCGAUCUGCUAGGUGCGGUCGAUCAGCUGUCGGCCAGUUUCCCUCCACAACGCUACAAGGAAGUAGAGAUGGCACACAAAGUAUUAUCCAAAGACAUGUAUGAACUAGUUACGGCCAUGCGGCUAGCACAGCAGUACAGCGAAACGACACUGGAUGCCGAGUAUCGCAAAAGUAUGCUGUCCGCAGCUCAUGUACUAGCAAUGGAUGCCAAAAACCUGCUCGACGUCGUCGAUUCUAUACGCGUGCGCUAUCCAAACCUCUUCCCGCAGCAGCAGGCGCAGCAGCAACCGAGCGCACCCUCAAGUCCAACGCAACGCCAACAACACACAGUCCAUCCGUCCAACACCCAGCCCCCCAUGUUUGCCCAACAGCAACAUUCGUUCGAUCAAUCGCAACUGCUGAUGAUGGGCGAAUGUUAUCAAAAUCUUCAACCAAAGCAACCGAUGCUGGCACACAGCUCACCACCGACGUCGCUCACACAUUCCUACGACCCAUCGGCUCCAGUCGGCCAAUCUGGGAUGAUGAUGCUACCUGGCACCGGGUAUCAACAGCAGAGCGGAAUCUACGAUAAUGAGUGCAUCAUCAGCAGCCAACAACAGCAGCAAUCCACUGAUGGUGGUAAGCUCAAGAAACCUUUAAUUGCUGCCAAACCACCGUCAGUCGUUGCGAUGGCUUCGGUCAAGCUAAAACCCGCUGCAACGGUACCGAUCGAUGUUCCCGGCAGCACCACCACCACGGAUGGGAAUAGUGGUGAGCUGUACUCAAACUCACCGACGUCCCAGAUGAGUCCGAAUGGUUCGUCGGUCCAGCUAAACGCCGCAGACAUUAAACUACCCGAUCCCGUUUCGUGUACGAUCGUGCAGGAAAAUCUACUUGCCGCCAACAAUCAAAAGGUAAUGGCCACGAAUAAGCUAGGUGGUUAG